AUGUCAAAUAACAGAUCCGCAGGAUUAACACAGCGGAAGCGACAGACCUCAGCGGUCAACCAAGUGAACAAUAAACCUGAACCCGAAAGAGAUGCAUUCGAAGAGAACGAUAACUUGCACGACAAGUACUCUAAAGAUGCACGUCUUUCGCUGAUGGAAGAAGUACUAUUGCUGGGACUGAAGGAUGAGGAGGGGUAUACAUCGUUCUGGAAUGACUGCAUCUCCGCGGGCCUGCGCGGGUGCAUCAUCGUUGAGCUUGGGUUGCGAAAACGUGCGGAGCUGGAGAAGACCGGCAAUCGCCGACGUGCGCUGUUGAACCGUAAGAUGGUGUUGGUGGACGAGACACCCACUGGUGAUGUGCUUCUAGACGAAACAUUAAGACAUCUCAAAGACACGGAUGUAAACGGCGAGCAAGAAACGGUGGAAUACUGGGUAGAGCUGCUAUCAGGAGAGACGUGGAACCCCUUAAAACUGAAGUACCAGCUGAGGAAUGUGCGUGAGAGGUUAUCGAAAUCGCUCGUGGAGAAGGGCGUGCUUACUACCGAGAAGCAGAACUUCUUCCUGUUCGACGUCACUACACAUCCCGUUGUGGAAGCCACUAGUAAAGAAAAGGUCAUCAAGAGGGUGCAAGAUACGCUGCUCGGCAAAUGGCAAAACGAUAUUUCGAGAAUAGAUAAACGGGCCUUGGCGCUAGUGUACCUUGCCCACGCGUCAGAUGUCCUGGAAAACGCCUUCAAAUCGCUAUCGGACGAUGACUACGAGAUUGCCAUGCGCCGCGUGCGGGAGUUGUUAAAUGUCGAUCCAGAGGUAGAAGCACAGCGUGCCGGGGCGAUCGAGCCCAUGUGGGCUGUGGUAGAGACGUUUAACAGCCGAUGAACAAUUAGGCAGAU